AAGUCUCUCCCUUUCUACAUAUAAAUGCCAGUCCUAAGAAUGCUCAUUGCAUCAUUAUAAUUUGUGACUUCGUUUAGAAUGUGGCGUUUUGUAUUCUUCGUCAUCAGUUUUGGGUUGGCAACCGCUAACGAGGAUGGAUGCAAUGAGAUGAUCUGCGGAUCGGUAGUAUCAAAGUGUCAGCUUACACAGAGCUGUCAGUGUAAGCUCAAUGAUUGCCACUGUUGUAAGGACUGCCUUAACUGCCUGGGCGAGCUAUAUACGGAAUGCUGUGGAUGUCUGGACAUGUGCCCGAAGCAGAAGGAUGUCCAAAGCUCUAUGACACCCCGGUCCGAGAUCGGUGAUGUUGAUGGUUUACCCGAAUUGUUUGACACGCUCACCACCGAGGAUGACGACCAGUGGUCCACCAUUCGUAUUUCCAUGCGAGCUGGCACUAAGCAACGACUGGAAGGUAACUCUCAGUCUUUACACCAGGCUAACUACAAUUUAAAUGAUAGUGUUAACUGCACUGUCAUAUAUGUAAACUCAUGCAUUCGAUCUCUCAAAUGCAAACAACAGUGCGAAAGCAUGGGAGCCAGUAGCUAUCGUUGGUUCCACAACGGUUGUUGCGAAUGUGUGGGUGCUCUUUGUCUUAAUUAUGGAAUCAACGAGAGUCGCUGCACCGAGUGCCCGGAUGAUCAAGAAGCAGUCAGCGAUGAUACUGUCAAUAUGGAUGCUGAGCAGGAUAUGGAGCAUAUUUUUGGAAUUAAAGACGAUGCGCCUAAUGAUAUGUGGGACUAUGGCGAGGACGACGAUAUGACUUAAGGGGCCUUUACAGUGAACACAGUGUGACAGAGCUUAUGACAAA